AGUAAGUAGUCAUGUGAUAUAUUGUAUGAAUGCAUGUGUAUAACAGCAAUAUAAAUAUUAUAGUAACAUGACAUUAUUAACCGCUUCAUAGACCCAGACAGAGGCAAAUACAAGGCCCUUGGAAUUCAUCACAGUCUGGACAUGUUGCAUGGUGUAAAUAACCUUGCCAAAAAAAUAGCAGCAGUAAGUGUAAUAACUGGCUGAUGUUGUGAAACAAUUAUUAACCAUAAAGUUACUAUUCUGUACAUCAGGGUUAUUGAUGUGCAGUUGAUGGAUGACAGUAUGGAAGUUUUCAUUGAACUCAAAGACAACAGAUUUUGUUCACUUUCCUCUGCCAGAAGAUGUGUUACUCAUUCUAGACAUUUGGUGUAGUCAUUUAGUGUUUUCUUUUUUUUUGGGGGGGGGGGGGUGUUGAACAUUUACACUUUCACCUCUACACACAGACUAUAGUUGAAUGCCUGUAUUUUACAAUAAUAUUUUAUUUUUCUCUUUUCAAGGCAGCAAAGAUAAAAGGGACAGUCCAUCCUCUUCAACUGGCUGAAGGACAUAGUCAACCAUUUUCAGUGGUGUUGCAAGACUUGCUAUAUUAAGGACAUAUUUAUAGUGCAUUUUUAUGUUUUGCAGGCAUGAUUGGUUGGCAUCCUUCACCAUGUCUCAACAUUCACACCUGGACUAUGGGAAGUUGCAAACACGGGCACCUUGAAUCGGAUCAAAUGCGGGGAAAGAUGUGGAUCCAGAGAGACUCCCAGUGCCACAAAGCUUUAGUGGAUAUAGUUCUCAAUAAGAGGUGGCAGAAAGAUGUUCACAACUAUCUGCGAUUCAGAUCAACUGCAGACCUAGAGUCAUUCCAGAAUCAUAUCCUGAUGUAUGCCAGCAAGCGCUAUGCUUUCAGCCCCCCAGUACAUGAGGCAAGAGUUCUGCUUGCUGCUUUGGACUACAAUUUCCACCGGAACCGACCAACAAUGAAAACGCUGGACAUCAAAGAGAUUUUCAAAAGAUUGUAUAAGAAGAAUGGUAGAAGAUAUAGCGUAUAUGGCUUGAAAUCUGAAAAAACCUACGGAUGCAUUUCUGAGUUGCAAAGAAGGAUUGUGAAGAACAGACUCACAAGUGGAGUGGGGAGGCCUAGAAGGAGGAGCCUUCUCCCAGAUGACCCCAGACAGCUUGGUUUGGUGCCCCCCAUACCUGCACCAGCCACAUCAGACUUGUUGCAGAGACAAGUCAGAAGAGGUCAAGGACCGUUAUUCCAACCAGCAUCUGAUAUGGAAGGAUCCCCACAGGAGAUCACCUUGCAUGUGUCCUGGUACUUGUCAGGCAGGAUCACGAGGGAAAGAACUUCAGUUCACUGACAAAGUCAUAGCUUUUACUCUAACAUUAAAUUCUGUUCCUACCCUCCUCCAGUGGUUAUUUCCUGUUUUUCCAAUUUGUACACGUUUGCUAAGUCCACUGUGACCAGCGCAUAUUAUUUUCAGUAGGUAGCCUAAAUUACAGUUUACAAUUUGAACAGUAAUGAUAAGUAAGGGGACAGCUGUAGCCUUACUUAUUAUGUAAAUAUAAAUAACUAAAAUUGGUAUUGGAAAUGUUAUGGCAAAGUUUGAAAUUCUAAACACAUGUUCAAAUGUAUAUAAUGAAAAUAAAAACACCAUGUGCUUCUA